AUGAUCUUGUAUAUAACAUUGAUGCUAACAUCUCGAUGUAUGCUGACAAUCAUCAGAAGUAUAUCAAAUAUAUCAAACAGGCAAAGGAAUCAGGGUACAGUCCAUACCAAGUUAGAAGAAAGGGGUUUACGGUAUUGCGGUAUUGGGCUUUUUUCAUGCGGUGCCAGUAGUGCAACUGACUGGUACGAAAACAAUUUGCUCUUUCGGAGGGUAAUUUUAGAAAUCUUGAAGAAAUAUCAGACUAUGUUCAUUCAAAAUAAAUAUGGUCAUAAGAAGGAACAGUCUCAGUUGUACAGAACAUAACACCUCAUAACCUGAACCUAAAUGGCAAGAUUAUCAACAGGACAUCUGACCCAGGGGCAGUUGAAAAUUUUGGGAGUCCCUGGGGACAAUAGACAAUUCCAAACGUUAAAUUUCAACGAACACAUCAACGACGUAUGUAACAAAUCAAAACUCGCACUAGUCAAAGGGUUGGGGUUUUUCGCGCUUUCAAUUGUUUUUAUGAGAUUGAGAAACGAAUCUAAUUCCCUACCACCAUCUGGCAAAGAGAUUAGUACUUUUAAAUGUGAUUAAAAUAUGGGGUAUCGGUCAGCUAUCUUUGCCAUUUUUUUUUUUAACAUACUGCCCCCCUCGUUGUACCUUGUUUGGACAUUUUUGAAAAUCUUGUAGGACAAUAAGUUAAAUUUCAACGAACAAUCAACGACGUUACUAGUCAAAGUUGGGGUAAUUAGACUCGAAAGAAUCCAGGAACGAGGACUUAGGGGUGUGUAUAAGGACACUAAGUCCAGUUAUCAUCAGUUAUUGAAUAGGGCUAACUUGCCAACACUGUUGAAUAGACGUCUUCAAGACAUAUGCGUCCUAAUCUACAAGGUGUUCCGAAGCCAUCACCAACAUUUUUAAACCUCGUGAUUCAUGCUACAGUUUAAGAAAUUCAGACUUUCUUUUACCCAGGUUUAACACAGUUUCAUUUGGUAAGCAUUCCGUUCGAUAUUUAGGUCCCAUUUUAUGGAGUAAGCUAGACAAAAAUGAUAAAACGUGUAAAUCAUUAAGUGAUUUUAGAAACCGAAUGCGUAAUAAGGAUCUGACAUCUCUUAUUGCUGAUGGAUGCAAAGGAUGUCUUCUGUGUGAUAGUUGA